AUGAAUAGAUUAUUUAAUUGUGCUAGAAAAGUAAAAGAAUAAGCAUAGAGAUAUAAAAGAGAUAUUUUCCAAAAGCCUAAAAGAGGUACAGCCUAAGAAAAGGUUUACAAUGAAGAGAGAAACUUUAAUAUUUUGGCAAGAAGAUAAGUCGAAAAGAUGAGAGAUAACAUUGCUAAAAAUACUCCUAAAAUUGUAGCAGGUUUGCUUUUAGGAUCUUCUUUGCCUUAGUUAUACUUCUACUAUCAAAGCAUGUGGUUGGAAUAUACUGAUUCUAGAUAUUAUGAAAAUAUUAAGAAGAGUCUUGAUUACUUCAAUAUGAAAAAUGCAUUCUUUUGUGCAUCAAUUUGCGGAUUGUAAGUAGUUAAAUAUUGCGAUAUUAAAGCUACAAAAAGAGCUCUUCCCCCUAGAGGUAAUGUCUUUAUGUGGCUUUUGAUGCCUAUUGGGUUCAGUUUCGCAACCUUAUCCUUCUGGGAUGUAAUCGAUAAGAAAAUGCUUGUAGGAUCUUAUUUUUGUGAUGCUUCUUUGCUUUUUGUUGAAACUAAGUUAGUAUCAGAAGCAGUGCUUCCUUUCUGGUUUUUCAAUUUAAAAUACACCGCACAUAUAUUUGAUAUAGUUUAUUUGACUUGUAUAUAUUUCUCAAUGAAAAAUUUGAGAAACUACAUCGAUAAAAUGCCUCACAAAUUUAUGUAAUAGUCUGAAUAAAAUUUAAAUCCCUUAGCAGUUUUACAACAACUCAACGAAUCAGAAGCACAAGUUGCCAUUACAGAAAAAAAAGAAAAUAUAAAAACCUUACCUUCUAUCUUAUCACUACAAAAGAAACUUUGA